GAACACACAGGAAGUAAAUAUUGAACAAAUGCUUUUUCUGCACUUCAUCCUGUUUUCGAGGUUGGACUUUAACCUGCACAGGAGUUGUUGUUUCAUUUUGCAACUAAAAUAAUAUAAGCUCCAGGCAUGAGUACAAUGAUCCCCCGGAUAGAGCAGCUCUCUGCCCGGGUGGUUCGGGUGCUGGGCUGCAACCCGGGACCGAUGACCCUGCAGGGAACCAAUACCUAUCUGGUCGGAACAGGGAAAAGGAGAGUGCUGAUAGACACGGGAGAACCUGCUGUUCCUGAAUACAUCAGCAGUCUGAAGCUGGCCCUGAAGCAGUUCAACACCAGCAUCCAGGAGAUCAUCGUCACACACUGGCACCAGGACCACACGGGGGGGGUGGAGGACAUCUGCCGGGACAUCACCGGAUCUGAGGUCCGAGUCAGCAAACUGCCUCGCUCCAGCCAGGUCGCAGAAACAGCCGGAAACAAAAGUUUUACUUAUCUAAAAGACGGAGAUGUCGUCCAGACGGAGGGCGCUACUCUCAAAGUGCUGUUCACCCCGGGCCACACGGACGACCACAUGGCUCUGCUCCUGCAGGAGGAGCGCGCUCUGUUCUCUGGAGACUGCAUCCUGGGUGAGGGCACCGCCGUGUUCGAGGAUCUCUACGACUACAUGAACUCUCUGAACAUCCUGCUGCAGUCCCAGCCCGAUUUCAUCUACCCCGGUCACGGCCCCGUGGUUCAGGACGCUGCCUCUAAGAUCAGACACUACAUCAGCCACCGAGACCAGAGAGAGCAGCAGAUCCUGGCCGCCAUCCAGGAGGGAGCGGGAGCACCGUUCUCCUCCAUGGAGCUCGUCAAGAUCGUCUAUAAGGAGACUCCUGAACACCUGCACAGAGCGGCUAAUGUGAACCUGGUGCAUCACUUAAAGAAACUGGAGAAAGAGGGCAAGAUCAGCCUGGUGAACGAGUCUUCACAGAACAUCAAAUGGAAGAGUAACCUGUGAUAUCCAUGGAGGACAUUUCAUAACUUUUCAAUCAAAAAUCACCUGAAUAAUUGCCUUAGAUCAUCUGAUUGACAGAUGUAUUGAACAUGGAUCAGCAACGGAGGUCUGAUUGUUGCAUUGGAUAUUUCCUGACUCAGAACAAGACCAACAUUCACCAGGACUGAGCUGCAGCCUGUGUCAAAUAAGACUUAUGUAUAAGGUAGAUAUUUGUCUGUAAGUCAGGUGCAUUUUUAGCCGGUGGAGAUGGAAAAUCCGCCUCAUAUUGCAAUAAGAUUAGUUUGCCACUGGAUGCCUUUUUAGUUAUUAUAUUUCCCCGAGUUGAGUAUCUCAUGGAGCACUUUUGUCGACUUAAAAUAAAUGUUGCUGUCUUUGUUUGAAUUAGAAGACACUAACUAUGUUUUUGACCCUGAAUCUAACCCUUUACAACAUGUCAAAUAGCUGUUUUAUUAGCGGAGUUUAGUAAUCUUUCCUCUCUCUUUUUCACUUUCCUAUACUUCUCAGUCUACGUUUGGUUCUCUAACUCCGUGCAAAAAAAGACUUCAGAGAAAAAAUGACAUUAGUGUUGAGGCCCUGGAUAGAAAAGGGUCAAUUGUACAAAGAAAUAUGUCUGAGAGUACAACAACACAUUUAAUUUGCUUUCAGAGUGACGGUGAACAAUGACUUUUAUAAAUGAUAAAAUCUUUAAAUCCUACGCAGCACUUACAUAUGUUUCCUUUUCAUUUGCUGCCACCUUUUAAAUCUGGUCGCUUUGACUUUUCCAUCUUGCAGCACCUGUUCUACAAGUGCUGCAAGUCCUCACUCGGUCACUAGGUGGCAGUAUCUCCUCAUAGUUUUAGUUGGGCACAACAUGAUUGUACACCUACUGUACUGUACAAAUAUUAUGCAUAUGAUAAAGAGAGAUGUGGAAGUUGUGUGACGAUUGUUGGAUACACCAGUGAUGCAAUGUUGUUUUUUCGGACUAUGAAUAAACUCGAUUGAGCA